AUGUGUUUGACGCAUUUUGAUGUCAUGGGUUUCACAAGGGGUGGCGUUGAACACAACGUCGCUGGCAGUGCCGAGUCUUUGAACCGCCACUGCGUUGCCAGAACUCGUUUUUUCCUCCGACCGACCACACUGGACUUCGGCGGUGGUCUCCUUGCAGCUGGAGCAGUCGACGGGGCGAACCUUGGCUUCUCCCUCACGCCGGAUUUUCAAGUCGUCGCCCAGAAUCGAUCGCACUUUGCCACGUGUGCCACAGCGCCUCAGUUCAAAGGCCUCGACGUUUGGAUCAACGUGCACCAGUUUGAGCUAUGCGAGCUCCUGUCGCCGCCUGGGCGGUACGUUUUGUAUGGCGAGUGGCUCUACGCACAGCACUCGAUUGCGUACUCGAAGCUCCCGAGCUACUUUUUGGCCUUUGACAUGUACGAUCGAGAGCGCGAGUGUUUCUGGAGCGUGUCGAAGCUCGACGAAGCGCUGGCCGACACGUCGAUUCACAUGGUCCCAACGGUGUUUUCGGGCUCGUGCUCGACCAUGGGGCAAGUCCAGGCGCUGCUGGAGACGCCGUCCAAGUUUUACGACGGGUUUGUGGAAGGCGUGGUCGUUCGCAAGGAAUGCGGAGGCAUUCUCGACGCCAAGGCCAAGUUGGUUCGAGACGACUUCCUCCAGCAUAUUGACGACCACUGGACGAAAAAGGGAGUUGUGAAGAACCAUCUGCGCUUUUUCUAACGACACACCGUCGUCUCCAUCGUCGCUGCAUGCGCCGCCUCCCGCCACUCGCAGAGAUGCAUACAGCUGCUGUCACCAGCGUGUGACGGCGUUCCCACGUUCCAAAUGCAACGGACUAAACGUCCAACGCUCAUCUUUCAUACCCCCGACAUCUCGGAUUCUCUAUCGGUAGACACAAUACAAGACCAACGCGAAUUAUGUCGUGUAAUAACAAGGGUUCACCAAUGUGCA